GUUUCUGACCAAUCUGAACUCUUGGCUGGUCUCAAAGCGCUCCCCAUAGUUUCUCUAAAGACUGAAGACAGUGCACAAAAAUGAAUAGAACCACAAAUCUCUUGUCAAUCGUUCAGUGAACAGACGCGUUCAACUUAUACCCGCGUUUUCUGACAAAUUCUUAAUUUCUUAUCACUAAUUUAAGUGCAAUUAUUAGUCUUAACUGGUGUAUUAAUUACGUGAUUAAUCCUAGUUAGCACAAAAAUAAAAAAAAAAAAUAUUAAUUCUUAUCUAUGAUCACCCUCAGUGGUUAAGAAUCAAUUUCUUGAAUUAUACAAACACCGGGCCAUCAAAUUCCUCCUGCUCUUGAGAUAACAAAAGAAAUGGAGGGAGUUGGAGGUGUUUUAACUGCCGAACGAAGCCCAGCUCGUGCUAAUUUACACGUGGCUUUCACAGAAAAAGGCGAAGUUAAAGAGAGGCGUGAGAAAUUUCUCACAGCUAAAUAUGGAUCUCACCAAAUGUCUCUCAUUAGAAAAAGACUUGCUGUUGAGAUGUGGCUUUUUGAUGAGCUCCAGAAACUAUAUGAAUCGGUGAGCGACAAUGGAAAGAGUCUGGAAGUUGAAGUUGAUAUCGAUGAAUUACUAGAUAUGGAUAGUGAUGAUCACAGACGAACUUACCUUCAAGAAUUACUGGUGGAUGCUAAAAAGCCUCACGAUGUAAAGAAAUUUAUAAAUGAUUUGUUGGAGAAAGCGAAAACACUCUGAAAAGUAAGUACCUGCCAUGGAUUAGAUGCUGAUUUAAAAAAGCGUUACGUUUGCUCACUCUUCGUUAUACGAUUUGAUGAUCAAGGCAAAGUCUCUGUAAGUUUUUAACUACGAUUGCAUUUUGAUUAUUGAUACUUAAAUUUAAAACUGAAAUCCAAGAGCUCACCUGGAUCAAACUAUGACUGUCCAAGUAUAUUCCAUAUUUUAGUACUUUAAUAUCGCUUUAUUAUAUGUAAUUAUUAUUUUUAUUCUUUUUCAAUAUAGUUUUUUUUUAAUUUUAUUGUUUAAUAUGAAUUUUUAAGUAUAUAUUUAUUGAUGCUGAACACGAUUAAAGUAUAUGUUAAGUUUGAAAAAAAAAAUUUCUGUUGAUUAAAUUUUAAAAAUUUGGCAAGAAAGUUUAAGAGCGAAGCCAUCCAUAUUGAUAAAUCUCUGGCAAACAAUAUUAUGAACAAAAAAAAGGUACAAACAAAUUAAAACAAAGAGAAAAAUUUUUCGAGCAAUAGUUUUUCUAGAUUUCCAUAUUUGUAUGAAUGGAGUUGUCAUUGUUGAAUUAUUCACAAAAAAUACCUUGAAUUUUAACAAAAGGAACAAAGAGAAAAAAAGUAAUGAAAAUGAUAAUUAACACAAUUUAGAACGAAGAAUCAUUAAUUGAGCACUGGAACAGAGACACAGUGGCACUAUAAAUUAGCAGAUCAUAAAAAUUACGUUAAUCGAAAAUCAAUUAAGUGCCAAAUAAAUACUAUACGUUGAUAAAAAUUAGAAAUUGAUAAUAAUAACAAUAAUAAUAAAUUGUAGAGAUGAAAUUUUUAGAGUGAUGUACUAAUAUAAUGUCUCAUGUUCUAGUAGUAAUAAAAAAAAAAAUUUCCACCUCGUGUUUUGUGUCAAUAUGAUUGUCAAUCGUUAUAAUAUUCGAUGGAGAGAGAUAAUCGUAUUGUGCGAGAUUUUUUAAGCUAUUAAUAGCUCAAGUAUCUUCUAACUUCUAAUUUCAUUGUUGGCCUUGCAAGUUGUUUCGAUAUUUAUGAAGUUGAAAAAUGUGAUGUUAAUAAAAGAUUGA